AUGGAAUUGAAAUCGAUGGAUCCGGUGGAGAUGCCCAUUUUUGGUAGCACUCUGAAGCUAAUGAAGUUCUGGUCAUAUCUGUUUGUUCACAACUGGCGCCGCUAUGUCGCAAUGACUCCGUACAUCAUUAUCAACUGUACUCAGUAUGUGGAUAUAUAUCUGAGCACCGAAUCCUUGGACUUUAUCAUCAGAAAUGUAUACCUGGCUGUAUUGUUUACCAACACGGUGGUCAGAGGUGUAUUGUUAUGCGUACAGCGGUUUAGCUACGAGCGUUUCAUUAAUAUUUUGAAAAGCUUUUACAUUGAGUUGUUGCAAUCAGAUGACCCCAUCAUAAACAUUUUGGUCAAGGAAACCACACGCCUAUCAGUUUUAAUUAGUAGGAUUAAUUUAUUAAUGGGCUGCUGCACUUGCAUUGGCUUUGUUACAUAUCCCAUUUUUGGUUCGGAAAGAGUUCUGCCAUAUGGCAUGUAUUUGCCCACUAUUGAUGAAUACAAAUACGCAUCACCUUACUACGAGAUUUUCUUUGUGAUUCAAGCCAUUAUGGCUCCAAUGGGGUGUUGCAUGUACAUACCAUACACAAACAUGGUAGUGACAUUUACCCUUUUCGCCAUUCUCAUGUGUCGAGUGUUGCAACAUAAGUUGAGAAGCCUAGAAAAGCUGAAAAAUGAACAAGUACGUGGUGAAAUCAUAUGGUGCAUAAAAUAUCAAUUAAAAUUAUCAGGAUUUGUUGAUUCAAUGAAUGCCUUGAACACCCAUCUUCAUUUGGUGGAGUUCCUUUGCUUUGGUGCCAUGCUAUGUGUUCUUCUUUUCUCCUUAAUAAUUGCUCAAACAAUUGCUCAGACCGUCAUAGUCAUCGCAUACAUGGUAAUGAUAUUUGCCAACAGUGUAGUCCUUUACUACGUGGCCAAUGAGCUAUACUUUCAAAGCUUUGAUAUUGCCAUUGCUGCCUAUGAGAGCAAUUGGAUGGACUUUGAUGUGGACACACAAAAGACUUUGAAGUUCCUCAUCAUGCGCUCGCAAAAGCCCUUGGCGAUUCUGGUGGGUGGCACAUAUCCCAUGAACUUGAAAAUGCUUCAGUCACUACUAAAUGCCAUUUACUCCUUCUUCACCCUUCUGCGUCGCGUUUACGGCUAA